GCGCACUGCGCAGUGCAGUGGUUGCAGUGCUUGUACUCAUUUUACUUGUACGUUUCUUAUGUGGUGUGCGCAUUACGUACAGGUUAAGCUAAAUUGCUUGGAAGCUGAUUUAAUAUUUCAAGAUGUAUCUUAUGUAUCAUUUGGAUGAAAACGGAGAUCGAGUAUAUACUUUAAAAAAGGUGGAUCCAAAUGGAAAGCCUACAGUAUCAGCUCACCCAGCUAGAUUUUCUGUGGAGGACAAAUAUUCAAGAGAAAGGAUCACAUUUAAACGAAGAUUUGGUCUUCUUCUGACACAGCAACCACCACCUAGCUAUUAAUAUUGUGUUGAAAAUCAAAAAUUUAUUUAAGAAUGAGAUUCAUGAUGAAGCAUUUUACAUUCCUAACUUUCCUUCAUGAUAAUUCUGGAAAAUAUGUACGUGUGAGAUCAUCACAUUAUCAUGGAUUCAAUACAAAUUCAGUAUAAAUAUAUUCUUGUAAUUAUAAUAAAAUGAUCUUCAAUAAGAAUUCAUUCUCACGUAAUGUCUAGAUUAUAAAUAAAUAUAUGUAACUUUGUGUAA